ACAUGUUCCUUUAAUUGCACAAACUCUGCAGAUUCUAAUAAUUUUGCAGAGGGUAUUAAGACUUCCGUCGUCUUCUUCAAAGAUGGGCCAUUCGUUGUCUUCCUCAGGAAUCGAGUGCUGAGAGCUUAUUGCUCCAAAGCUACUUGGGUGGUGGAAGAUGAUUCUGGAACUUCCAAAAGGAUGUCUAAUACACUUCCCUCAUUACACGUGUCUUCAAAUGUUGAGACAAGUCACGGGAAGAUAAAACUGGACUUGGCAGGAGAAGGAUUUUUACCUUCACUUACCACGGCUCAUGCAAUUUCGGACAUCAUUAAAGGGCAUUACUCUCAGCCGUGGUCUUCGUGGAAAAAGAUACCAGAUGCUACUAGGAAAUUUUGGUGGGAAAAGUUCAAAAGCAAAUAUCAGUUUUUUCCUCCAGAUCUUUAUUGGACUCGAAAAAAUUUUGAGAGGCGAGGUGUGGCAUUACUAAAAAGCUUGUUGGGAAAAGCUCGUGCAAGUCGUGUCAAACCUCAAUGGAUAGAAGAUGAUGUGUGGAAUUCUCUCUGUGCUUGUUGGAAUACUGACACUGGGUUUCUAGAAAAGAGCGCGCAAGGCAAGUCAAAUCGAGCAUCUAGUUGCAGAGGAUUUGGAGCGGCUCUUCAUACUGCUGGCCCAAUUUCCGUUACCCAACACAAAAUUAAUAUGGUGAUGUUAUAGAAAAAUUUAGAUCUUUUAUGUUAUAAUUUUAUACACUUCAAUUGGUAGUUGAUACUCAUAGUUUUUUAAUUUAUAUGUUUGGUAGAAAAAAUCAUUAAAGAGGACUCUAACACAGUUAGAAUUGUUUGCGAAGACCCACAAACACAAGGAUGAGACACGGGUGGAUAAGAAAUCAAAACAUAUUGAGGUGAGUCUAUUUUAAUCAAAAGAUAUAUCUCUCCCUUCGUAUAUAUUAUUUUAAUAUUGCAUUGGGGCUAGUGUUUCAGCUCAUAGGGCUGUUCUGUUAUUUUUUAUCAACAUAUAUGCCCCCUCUGUAGUUGUAAUAUGAUGAUAUUUGCAUUCCCUAUAAAUAUUACAACUACAGAGGGGGCAUAUAUGUUGAUAAAAAAUAACAGAACAGCCCUAUGAGCUGAAACACUAGCCCCAAUGCAAUAUUAAAAUAAUAUAUACGAAGGGAGAGAUAUAUCUUUUGAUUAAAAUAGACUCACCUCAAUAUGUUUUGAUUUCUUAUCCACCCGUGUCUCAUCCUUGUGUUUGUGGGUCUUCGCAAACAAUUCUAACUGUGUUAGAGUCCUCUUUAAUGAUUUUUUCUACCAAACAUAUAAAUUAAAAAACUAUGAGUAUCAACUACCAAUUGAAGUGUAUAAAAUUAUAACAUAAAAGAUCUAAAUUUUUCUAUAACAUCACCAUAUUAAUUUUGUGUUGGGUAACGGAAAUUGGGCCAGCAGUAUGAAGAGCCGCUCCAAAUCCUCUGCAACUAGAUGCUCGAUUUGACUUGCCUUGCGCGCUCUUUUCCCCGGUGUCAGUAUUCCAACAAGCACAGAGAGAAUUCCACACAUCAUCUUCUAUCCAUUGAGGUUUGACACGACUUGCACGAGCUUUUCCCAACAAACUUUUUAGUAAUGCCACACCUCGCCUCUCAAAAUUUUUUCGAGCCCAAUAAAGAUACGGAGGAAAAAACUGAUGUUUGCUCUGGAUAAUCAACACAAGCAAGAAUAAUUAUAAGUUGAUAUAUAUAUUAUAUUUUUCAAACUUAGAAUUAAUUCUUAAUCUACCAAAGAUUACAUGUUUCUCUAAAACCUACUUUGAACUUUUCCCACCAAAAUUUCCUAGUAGCAUCUGGUAUCUUUUUCCACGAAGGCCACGGCUGAGAGUAAUGCCCUUUAAUGAUGUCCGAAAUUGCAUGAGCCGUGGUAAGUGAAGGUAAAAAUCUGUAGAUAUUACUUAAUAUCAAUCGGAAUACAAUAUAAGAGGUUAACUUCAAAAAAUAAAAUUAUUGUAGUCUUGUAUGGUGUUAAGGAAGUAAACCUAGAAUGAUAAGGUCCUGUUCUAAUAGUAAAAACAGAAUAAAUUUAUCCUAAAUCCAAAAAAAUUGUUAAGGAAGUAAAUCUAUCCCCACAAAACACAAAACAAAAUCUGUUGAUGACAACAGAUCAAGCACCAGAGUGAAAUCUUCUUAUAGUGGAUAUCAAUAAAUUAAUGAACAAUGGUAUAUUAUAAAGCAGUUUGUCAUGGUUAAAUGUUAAAUAUAUUAAAAAAUACAAAAUUAGGGGAAACUCAAGAGUCAUUUGUAAUUACCAAAAAAUGCUAUAAUACCCUUAAAAACUACUAAUAACUAAUCAGAAAUAUAUAUCAUUGAUAUUGAGAUAUAAUAAUAACUAAUAAGACCCAUUCAAAACAAAUUAAUAAAGAUUUUCAGGAUCUAUUUAUUUUUUAAGAAAUAAUAAUUAAUUUUUUAUUCAAUCAUUAUAUUCUUUAUUAUUUAUAUCUGAAUAAAUAUCUAUUUUCUUAUUCUAUUAAUAAGUAGUUUAAUUGUUAUGUACAUUUAUUCUAUAUAAACAUACCCUUCUCCUGCCAAUUCCACUUUUAUCUUACCGUGACUUGUCUCAACAUUUGAAGACACGUGUAAUGAGGGAAGUGUAUUAGACAUCUGCAUAAUUUCAAAUAAAAUAAGCACCAACAUGUAUUAUUAAAUCAAAUAAAUGGUUUUUCAGGAAAAUACCCUUUUGGAAGUUCCAGAAUCAUCUUCCACCACCCAAGUAGCUUUGGAGCAAUAAGCUCUCAGCACUCGAUUCCUAUAGAAAGAACGAUUAAACAAUCAGCCCCUAAGAGGCUGAGACAAAUAGAAAGAAAGGAAGAAGAAGAAGACAACUUACCUGAGAGGAAGACAACGAAUGGCCCAUCUUUGAAGAAGACGACGGAAGUCUUAAUACCCUCUGCAAAAUUAUUAGAAUCUGCAGAGUUUGUGCAAUUAAAGGAACAUGUUCAUUAUAUUAUAUAGGAAAGAACUGAUACAGUAUCAUCUUCUAGUUAGAGAGUUCCACGGUAGCAUUGUAUGCCGAAAAAGGUUGAAGGAAAAGAAUAAUGAGUUGAACACUCAGUCCAAAACAAAUAUUUCAACAAUAAAAAAAUCACAUUAUUGAAGGUUAAUGUCUAACAAGACCUAAUUACAAUAUAAUUACAAUAUAUUACUUUGUAUGUUCUAAUUA